GAUCUUAUCCUUAUCCAUCAGAAGUCUUUUUUAAAGCUCUCUGCUUUUCUGCUUCUUUUUCCCGACAAAGCUUCGAGUGGCGAAAAUGGAGGUUUUUUCUCAGCGAUCAUCGUCCACAACAUUGAAUCCCAACGCCCCGUUGUUCGUCCCGCUGGCGUAUCGUACGGUCGAGGAUUUCUCCGAUCAAUGGUGGGCACUCGUCCAAUCCUCCCCUUGUUUCCGCGACUACUGGCUCCGUGAACGCUUCCACGAUCCCCAAAAUGACGAUGACCUUCUCUUCUUCCCCGACGACCUCGAUGCCAUCUUCGACGAAUAUGACGACUUUUCCACGGAUUCCAGACCGGAGGAAAAGGAGGGAGAUGGUGACAAGGAAUUGGUACCCAUGGGGCUGUUGAAGUGGCGGAAGGGCCGAGUGGCGGCUGAGUCGCCAAGGUUUCUUGAGAAAGCGCCCAAGAUUGUGAAUGUGAAAGUAAGUCCAAGGACGAUUAACCAACCCAGGUAGAUCAGAUCGAAGUCAUUCUGAAGGUUUCAGAUUGGGAGGUUUCUCCGGCCGACAAGACAAGGGUCACUUCUAAGUUGUAACUGCUGUUAGUUUUUUUCUUUAUUUAUCUCAAUUUGUAGUAUUUCGUGUACAGAGAUCUCUCCUUUUAGAUCGUAGUUAGUUUGUAACUUGUUGUAGUAACUUUCCACUUUGGGAAAUAAAUGAAAUGAACCUCCCUUA